AUGUCACCGUCCGGCUUCGAACCAGUCUCGCCUAUCGACAUCACUGCCGGCUCGAGACGAUAUCGCACCAUCGACCUCGACGAGAAAUCAGACAUCAACGCAACAGCACGUUCCAUCCGCACAAACUCGACGGCUUCCAGCACUCGUUCUGCCAACCCGGUGCGGAGGACCCGCUUCGCUGAAGCAACCUCUGUCUUGUCCCCCGCUUCCGGUCCUGGAGAACAUCAGUCGCCAUUUGCGGAUCCAAAGAUGGAUAACGACAACGUCGACGGGCCCAAACCAUCAGAUAUGGGAUUUGGGUAUAUAUCAGACAGUCAACCAAUCGAGCAACACGCAAUCAUCAGAGGAGAUCCCAAUGGUUCAGCCGGGGCUCCGCUCAAAUCAGCCUUGAAGACUCCCGGUACUGCCAGUCGAAUGUUGAAUCCUCUGAGCCCGACCUUCCGAGAAGAGCAGGUCCUCGAGAAAGAAGAAGAGAAGACAGAUGUCCAGCAGGCCAAAGAUUUGAAAGUCAAGAAACGAGUCCGAAUCGCGAAGAUGGUCCUUCGCGGAGUCAACUUCUCAUGCUCGUUGAUCGUGCUUGCUAUGCUCAGUACAGUCCUGACCAUCUUUCAUGCCACCAAGACUCUGCCACCAAGGAACGGUCUACCUGCAUGGGCACCAAAGCAGCAAAUCUGGCCCCAGAUAGUGGUUCUGACAAUCGCCUGCAUUUCUCUGCUGUUCUCCAUUAUCGUCGUCCUAGCCUACUGCCGUGGUGGACAUAGACGUGCCGAGAAGGUGGCGGUCUAUUACACCAUGUUCGCUGUGGGGUGGUUCUUGUUCAGUAUCGUCAUGUGGCUUGUGGGCGCUGGCAUCCUGCACGGCAGCAAAGCUAGCGGCGGUGGAACAGAUCUUUGGGGCUGGAGCUGCAAGGACAACAAGAGACGACAACUUUUCCAAGAUGAUGUCCAUUACGCCCUUGUCUGUCGCCUGCAAGACUGGAGCUUGAUCUGCUGCAUCAUCGAGGUCGUCGUCGAGGUUAUUGUGAUUGCCAUCUAUGGCAUCGUCUUCUACCGAUUCUGGUCCAAGAAUCGUCUCCGAAAAUCCAUGGACGCCCGCGACCGGGCUCGGACUGACUUAUAUCUCGCUCAACUACGCUCUCAGUCGGCGCCCAACACACCUGGCUUUGCCCAAACCCCCAGAACACCAGGAUUCCCGACGCAGAAGUCGAUGGACAUCUAUACGGUCGCAGAGCAAGGGACCUCACCAACUCAAUUUGUGCCGACUACCUCGCCAAAGUCGAAUAUGACUGCCUCGCCUUUCAAGCUCCAAGCCCCACCCAUCCGAGUUCAUCACGCAAGUCCCAGGCCAUCGGCUGCUGAAGGGUUCGAUAGGCAGACAGCAGGUACAAGCCCACCUCCUCAGCCGCCCAUGUCCCCUCCCCCGGAAGAGAGGGUGCAUCAACACGUGGACGCAGCACCAGGCGAGCAGACUUACGCGUCCGUCCCCAUCCCUGGGGCAUAUGUGCCGCAUUCCAACGGUCCAGUGCCCGGGCAGGCAUAUUAA